AUGGAAGGGGAAGAGGGAAAAUGUGCGGAAGUUUGUGAUCUCUGCGCGAGUUUUGUUGCGCAUCAACCUCGUCGUUUCAGACUCUUUUAAACACGCCAAGAUGUCGAAGAGAGGACGUGGUGGAUCCGCGGGAGCGAAAUUCCGGAUAUCGCUGGGUCUUCCAGUUGGUGCCGUGAUCAAUUGUGCCGAUAAUACGGGAGCCAAAAAUCUGUAUGUCAUCGCAGUUCAGGGAAUCAAAGGACGUCUUAAUCGUCUGCCCGCUGCAGGUUCUGGCGACAUGAUUGUUGCAACUGUAAAGAAGGGCAAACCUGAACUCAGAAAAAAGGUUAUGCCUGCAGUGGUAAUCCGCCAGCGGAAACCGUUUCGGAGGAAGGACGGCGUUUUUAUAUAUUUUGAAGACAAUGCGGGUGUAAUUGUCAACAACAAAGGCGAAAUGAAGGGUUCCGCAAUAACAGGACCCGUUGCUAAAGAGUGCGCAGAUUUGUGGCCGAGGAUUGCAUCUAACGCGAGCAGUAUCGCAUAAGUUAAUGAAUAAAUGAAAUAUCAUCGACAAUUACUUGUUACAAACGCAAACCACUCUUUUCGCCCUUGUGAAUAAUAAAAAAAAAAAAUAAAAAAAAAACAAAA